AUAGUAUUAUGUGGGUCUCGACCGAGCGCUAGUAAUCGAAUUGUUGGUGGUUCAGUGGCAAAAGUGAAUAGCUGGCCGUGGCAGGUGAUGUUGAUCUUGAGAUCGUCUGGAAUACAGUUUUGCGGCGGAUCGUUAGUAGACCGUUAUUGGGUGGUGACUGCUGCACAUUGUGUCGACCGCAUACCAGCGUCUUUUAUCAAAGUAAAGUAAGUUACGCUUGAAAUAGUUCAAAGCCAGAAAUAAUACUCCACUUCAAAACCUUCAGAGAAGAUGGGAAUAGGUACAAGCUUUGGGCGCAGUGAUUUCUGGGAUUGUUUGGAUAGUUAUGAUUAUAAUUAUCGGGGCUUUUUAUAUCCUGGCAACAUGCAGUAGUAGACUGUGUAUACAUCGUUUAGUAAUUCUGGCGCCUUAACAUCUCUUUUUAAUUAACCUGCGAUCAGGUGGCCCUUCUCCUUUAUUUUUUGGGCAGAGUAGGAGUUGCUCGGAAGGUCUCUGCUAAUUGGUCGCAGGGAGAAAUUACAUGUCAUUCUUUCAAUUGUUUUAGUAUUGUUUGAGGUCAGGGUUAGGUAUCAUUGGUGUCUUCUCUUCCGAGCAGCUGCUACAUGACCCUAUUCUUUUUCAACAAAAAAUAAACACAUAAACAAAGAAAUUAAAAAAAAGAAAAAAGAAAAAAAACGAAAACGAUCACAUUGGCCCUGUAAAGGAUAAUCAUUAUAAAUGGUCAUUUACUUACUUAUUAUGUUUUUAAAGGUUGGGAGCCCACUACAGAACAAUCGGAAAUGUUGGAACAGAACAGGAAAUCCGGGUCGCACAGAUUAUCAGGCAUAAAAGCUAUAAUAACCCGUUGAGCUUUAGCAACGACAUCGCCCUGAUUAAGCUGUUGAAACCUGCGAAUCUUGGAAUAGGCAUCGGACUUGUCUGCCUGCCUGAUAAGGGGCACGCUCUCCCUUUUGACAAUUUGAACAAAAAGUGCUGGAUAACAGGUUGGGGUACGUUGUCUUCAGGCGGGUCCCAUCCAAAUACACUCAUGGAAGCUAUGGUACCAUUGGUCUCCAAGCGACGUUGUCUGAAUUCCUACCCUAGAAAGAUUGAUGAUUCGAUGCUCUGUGCUGGUCUGGAUGCAGGAGGAGUUGACGCUUGCCAAGGGGACAGUGGUGGUCCAUUGGUGUGCGAGUUUGACGGUACAUGGUUUCUUGAAGGUGUAACAAGUUGGGGUCAGGGAUGUGGGUAUGCUUCAAAGUAUGGAGUAUAUGCUAAGGUUAGAGAACUGAAAGCAUGGAUAACCAGCCAUAUUUAUCGAGCAAUACCGCCUGCUGUUUCGCCACAGAAUCAAUCGGUGUCCGCGUUAGGUAAGAAUUCUAAACAGCUUUUACAUAACCCUUUCUUGGAAAUAUAU